UUGCAUAACUUUAUCCGCGGCUGCGAUAAAGUGCCCGGAGCUUGGAUUACGUUAGAGGAACAGCCCAUCAAACUAUACGGCUCUCAACGCUGGACUAAAGACGUGCCCAACGGCACAGAGAUUCCGGUCAUCGGCGCCACACGACCGGCUCUGGUCCACAACGAAGGCCUACUCCUGUUCGGAACCGAUGGACAGGCGGUGAAUGUAACCAAAUUAGGUCUGGAAAGCGGCAAAAUGAUCGCCGCCUCGAACUACGGUCAGGACUCCGUCGGCGCCGAUAUCGGCGAACUGACCGCCGAAGAGCAGGCAGUGGUCGACCAAAUCAAGACAAUAUGGCAGUCGAUUCUGAACAUCGAGAUCGAAGAGUUGACCGAUUUCUUUAAGUGUGGCGCCGGCUCUAUGGACGUGACCCGACUCGUCGAGGAGAUCAAAGAGUUGGACGGUUUGGCGGCCGUAGAGCUGAUCAACGAAGACGUCUAUAUGGCCACCACUUUCGACGAGUUCACGAAACUCGUGGUCACGAAAUCGCGCGGCGGUUCCGGCGGUCCUAAACUGGUCUUCACUCCAAUACAACUCAAUGUCAACAAACGUGACAUCACUUUCGCG